AAACGAAAGCUCCAAUUAAGUCCAGAGCAGUGUAGCAACUUCUACGUAGAACAAUAUGGGAAAAUGUUUUUUCCCAAUUUGACAGCCUAUAUGAGUUCUGGGCCUCUAACUGCGAUGAUUCUCGCUCGCCAUCGUGCCAUCUCAUACUGGAAGGAGCUGCUUGGACCACCUAAUGUCGCACUAAUGAAAGAAAAUUAUCCUGACAGUUUAAGAGCAAUCUAUGGGAUGGAUGACCUGAGGAAUGGACUUCAUGGCAGCUCCAGUUUUGCCUCAGCUGAAAGGGAAAUCCGGUUCAUGUUUCCUGAAGUGGUUAUUGAACCAAUCCCAGUUGGACAAGCUGCAAGAGAUUACCUGACCCGCUAUAUCACUCCAACACUGCUAAAAGGACUUACAGCCCUGAGUAAGGGGAAACCAGAAGAUCCUUUUACUUGGCUGGCUGAUUGGCUAAUUGAACAUAACCCCAACACACCCCGGCUGCGACAUAAUGUCAUUGUGGAGGAGCCUUAAGGAAGAAAAUGUAUUAGAAAAUGGUAAACCUGUAAAAUAAACCUGUCAUUUUAAAAUAUUUUGCUACUGAGACGUCUCCUGCAUUUCUUACUAAUGUUAACAUGAAAUAAGUAUUAACUUUAAAAUAAUCAGUUCACCGAAGAAUAAUCCUUUAUGGAGUAGCACAGGCUAAAAUAAUUGCUUGGAGCUUGUUCUAAGUGAUGUAUAAUAAACAGGAUCAGAACUAAGAACAACAUUAUCCUAAGCUGUUUUAGGUUCGCUUUCAGUUGAAAGGUGAUGUGUCUUCACUUUUGGGAAUACAAUUUAUUUGUAUUAUUUCCAAGAUUUAUACCUUGCCUUUCUGGUCUGAUCAGGGCCACCAAGAUGGUUAACA